GUCUGCAGUCUCCAUCUUCAUCACUCUCAUCUUCACUCCGUCUCAACUCUACCAUCUCAUUUCUCUUCCCCCCUUUCAUCCGCCAACUUCUCAACAUGCCUUUCAACUACUCCCAGGUCCUCAUCAUUGGCGCCACCUCCGGCAUCGGACGCGCCCUGGCCACCACUCUCGUGCAAAACAACAUCCCCGUCGUCAUCUCUGGUCGGCGCGAGGCCAACCUGAACGAGUUCGCCGCCCAGUACGGCUCGGACAAGGUCAAGACCAAGGUGUUUGAUGUGACAAAUCUGGAGAAGAUUCCCCAAUUUGCUGCCGAGGUCCUCGCGGAAAACCCUCAGAUCGACUUCGUCUUUGUCAACUCGGGCAUCCAGCGCCCCUUCGACUUCUCUAAGCCCUCCACCGUCGACCUCGGCAUCUUCGAUCAGGAGCUCGUCACCAACUACACGGCCCCCGUCUACCUCACCAAGGCCUUCUUGCCCCACCUCCAGGCCCAGAACAAGCCCACCGGACUUAUGUUCACCACCUCGCAGAUGGCCCUGGUCCCCAUGAUGCGCUGCCCCAACUACGGCGCCUCCAAGUCGGCUCUGCACCAUUUCAUUCUCGCCCUGCGCACUCAGGUCAGCGAGGGCCCCGGCAAUGUCAAGGUCUUCGAGAUCUUCCCCCCGGCGGUGCAGACGGAGCUGCAUGACGCGAAGCACCAGCCUGACCUGAAGGACGGCCACUUGAUCGGUAUGCCCUUGGAUGAGUUUGUUGGAAAUGUCUGGGGACAGCUGCAGCAGGGCGAGGAGCAGAUUGCUGUCGGUUCCGCCAAGGAGAUCUUUGAUGCCUUUGAGCCCAAGCGCCAGGAGCUGUAUGCCGGCAUGACGGCGCAGUUGAACGUGUUGAUCAAGCAGUUCUUGGUGUAAAUCUGGGGAUAAUUGAUGAUGAAUGUAUUAGAGCGUGUGUGCCUGUUAGUCCAG